AUGAACACCGAGGAGCAGUAUUACGCCUCGGCGCAGCUCUACAAGGAGUCGUGUGCGUUUCAGAGAGCCCAAGCGCAGGACUACAACCCCAGCCCCCCCGCCUGCCUGUACAUGGGCAGGCAGCAACAGACUCCUUAUUCCAGCGCCUUAGGGGCUCUCGAGCAAGGCAGCCCGCCAGACAUUUCACCUUACGAGGUGCCCCCCAUCACUGAGGAUGCCGGGGUCUCCCACCUUCAUCACCAUCACCACCACCACCCUCAUCUUCCUCCUCCCCACCAGGACGCGCUGCCUUUCGCAGACGGGGCGGACACGGGGGCUAUAGAGGAGCCCCGAGUGCAGGUGCCUUUCGCUUGGAUGAAGUCCACCAAAUCGCACGCCUGGAAGGGACAGUGGACCGGGGGAUCCUACAUGGUGGAACCGGAGGAGAACAAGCGGACGAGGACGGCGUACACGCGGGCGCAGCUGCUGGAACUGGAAAAGGAGUUUCUGUUCAACAAGUACAUCUCCAGGCCGCGGCGGGUAGAGCUGGCUGUCAUGUUGAACUUGACCGAGAGGCACAUCAAGAUCUGGUUCCAGAACCGGCGGAUGAAGUGGAAGAAAGAAGAAGACAAAAAGCGAGGGGCGGGCAAUAGCAACGACCCCGAGCAAGACUGCGUAGUGUCCGCCGGAGAGCUGCAGGCCAAGGAGGAUCUCCAGGCAUGCCCCGCCGGGAACCUUCCCUCGGGAGCAUCCAGGGACCUUCUCGCCCCCAGCUUAGUCCCCAGAAGGCAGCAGGACUCUCGGUGA